AUGGCUUUUUCCUCUCUCCAUUUUCUCCUGAUUUUCCCACUCAUUUCCCUCGUCCCCGCCUCCAUUUCUCAGAACCCCAUUUUACCAAAAGCUGCAAUUUUUUCUGUCAAAAAGGAUUUGUCAACCCAUCAGUAUGUCUCCAAACUUUUCAUGGGCGAAAAUCUCGGCCCGAUCGAGCUCGUUCUAGAUCUCAGCGGCCCGUUUAUAUGGGCCGACUGCGGAUCCAUCUCCGCCUCCGGAUCUCAACAGCCCAUCAACACCUGUUCGCUCAAGUGCUCCAUGGCCAGGCCCACCAAGGGCUGCUACUCUCCGGGGUACAACUCCAAGAGUUGUACCUUGCCGGCGGAGAACACUCUGUCGGGUGCUUCUGCUUCCGGCGAGAUUCAUGAAGAUGAGAUAGCUAUCGAGUUUUGGGCCGGGUCGGGCCUUCCGAGCUCAUUCGCCAAAAAUGAGAGAUUUUUGUUCUCUUGUGCCCCAAACUUGCUGCUAAAGGGGCUGGCUAACGGAGCUAAGGGCGUGUUUGGCUUGGGCAGUUCAAGAAUUUCGCUCCCUUCACAAUUGUCCACCUCCUUUGGGUUUUUUGACCGGAAAUUCUCCUUGUGCCUGCCGACGUCAUCAAAUGGGGCAGUUUUCCUAGGCGGGAGUCCCCACGGUAGUGAAAUCUCGAGCCCGAUGAUUUACACGCCUCUGUUUUUGGAGAAAAAUGGCGUACGAGAUGGGAGUUACUACAUAAAUUUGGGCUCCAUUAAGAUUUCCGGUAAGAAACUGUCUUUGCCUGAAAAUGGUUUUGUCCGGACAAAAUUGAGUAGUGUUGUGCCUUACACCACUUUGGAGAGAAAAAUAUAUGCGGCAUUUGUUGAUGCUUAUAUUAAGGCUGCUAAUGAAGUGAAUUUGACUAUGGUUUCGAGUGUGGCCCCGUUUGAUGUGUGUUUUAGCUCAAAAGCAGUGGAGAUCAUGAAAAUGGGGCCAAAUGUGCCGAUUAUUGAUCUGGUUUUGCAGAGUGAGAUGGUUAAGUGGAGGAUUUCGGGCAAGAACUUGAUGGUGUUUGUGAGUGAUGAUAUCAUGUGUUUGGGAUUCUUGGAUGGUGGGAUUAAUCCCAAGGACUUGAUUGUGAUUGGUGGUUAUCAGAUGGAGGAUUAUUUGUUGGAUUUCAAUUUGGGAAACUCUAUGCUUGGGAUUUCACAAUUGGGGAUUGGGGGAAAGAGAUGCUCUGACUUUGUGGCCUCUAAGGAGGUUUUAUGA